CGAUGUUUAUUAGAUCCCAUACAACAGCCACACGUACAAUCGUUCACUGUAAUUCUAUGCGGCGUGCAACCUCAUGCAAUAUUUAUUUAUUCAUCGCAAGGUUCACAGCUUUAUUCACAGACAAUUUUUACGCUUAUGCACUGCGUCACUCACAUGCUAUAUAGGCUGAAAUGAAAACUCCAAAUCAGGUGGAUGUACAGUGCUGUAAGACAUCUAGGCUGCGAUGUCGUGACGAGACAGCUGAUGUACGAUGCUCGUCGAGGGAACAAUGGUGAUGGCAAGUGUCGUACAGAGAAGUACGACACAUAUCUAAUACAUUUAAGGCUUCCUGUACAUAUUGUCUCACGUUGGCACGUACCCAUUCUAGGAGAUUGGCCAUUAAUGGGCAGAUACAUGCACCCGCUGGCAUAUAAUCAGCGGCCCAAGCUGUGUUCCAUACGCACAUGUAUACAGUGGCACACGCUCAAUGGCCCGAGUUGUGUAUUCGGCAAGACAGCGCCCUUAAAGUGGGGGAAUAGGCAAGAAAAGCCAAGCUUCAGGUUUGUUGCUUAUCAAUAAAUAAAUAAAUAAAUAAAUAAAUAAAUCCAAAACUUCUGAGUUACAUGCUAAGCUCGGUUCGGCAUUUUUGCAAGCGCGAGUAAACAACAGAAAUACGGUGACCAACCUAUUGCGCGUCCCAAGGUUCAUUUCGGCAAUAACAGGUCAGCUUGGUGAGAAAUAACUCUGGGUGUAACCAAAUAUUGUUUACGGUGUUUGUGGUCAGCGCGCACGCACGUACGCACACGCGUGAACUGACAUCGCCUUCUCUCUUCCGAGCCGCAGCAUCUUUGCGCCACCCAACUUCUCCUGCCAGGCUCCUUCGAUGCGCCCGUUCUUUCAUCCCUUACAACACUCGAAGCAACAAUAUAACACCAAAAGCUUCUAGAAUCGAGUCAUUUGAUACUAUAGUUCUUUCUUUUUCAAUUUCACCUCUGCCAGUGCGUUUCACGAGGAGAGACGCGCGAGUGACGCUGUUAGCUUGGAUCUCUUCGUGUGCGAAAUAUCAGCGAGAGGCGGGAGCAAGCUGUGUGUUCAGUUCAAGAACGCCUGCACACUGGACCGUGAACAAAGGAGAAGACAACGCAAAUUUCUGGAAUAUCAUUCGCACAUAAUCUUAGUCGUCCUGGUCUGGGGUCCCGAACUAGAAGGACUUUUUCCUUAACUGCGAAGCUUUCUUUUUGAGAAACCCGUACGGGUUCCCUUUGUAGCUUCGUGGUAUUACAUUCGGGUGGAUGUCAAUGUUUUACUUUUCAAAGCAAGUAAUACCCUGCAGUAACGGUAGGUGAUAGUCGGGAGACUAUGGUCACAGCGGUGGCCAUUUCUGGGAAGGGGUGCGGCCAUAGUCACAAGGACGAGUAGAUUGGCACAAAAUGGUGCAAGCAGGGACUGUGCCACAGUCACUUAGAAGACCGAGUGACAGACGUGGAUCUGAGCGAAUUUGGCAAAAUACGUAAUGCGGCUUUACAGGGCCCGCGAGGAUGCCGUAGUAGUUCUAUGUAUUUCGUGACAUCAGCAAUAUUCGCUCGGCGCUGCGUCUCCAUGUGGUAAUAGAGUAAUUUACGUCACUUGGUGGCUCCGAGGCCUAUUCGUAACUUUUUCAAAUGAAUAAACAUACGGCAAGACAGCAUAAAAUAACACAAAAAUAAUGUGAUCUAGAGUGGAAUGCUCAAUAUAGCGACAAGGCCAGCCGGUAUGUCAACCUCUACCAAUUUUCAAGCGGAUAUCUGUUUUUUUACAACAAGGAUACAUUUCCAAAUGCCGCAGUAGUCAUUUGCUGUCAGUCCGGAUCUCAGUCUAACAACUCUGAAAUUUUCAGUGACGCACUUGUUGAUUUCCGCUUCAUCAUCAGCAUUGGUCGGUGGUACCUCAAGUAUGGACUGUUUCUUUAUAUAGCGCCGCCGGUAACCUGCAUAUGCGCAGCACCUGUGUAGGGAGACGAAAUCAUAAUGAGAAUGUCGGCUCUUUUAUGCGGCGAGAACUAGAGUCAUUGCAGGUUGUUUCAAUGUGGACUUUACGUGCCUUAGUGCGUGUGAAUCGUAAUGGAGCCAUUUAGCGGCAGGUCGCUCCCGCUCGCUUUAGGUGAUGCGUGCCCUGGAGGCCGAUCGGUAGGUCUUCUUUGAUCUCGCAAACACUGAGGCGAGGUAGUCAAAGGCACCGCGCCGUUAUCGUUUGACGUAGGAAGAACAAAGAAGUAGCGCAGCAAUUGGAUGGCCGACAUGCUACGCGAAGGCGGGAGGGGGCAAAACGCGAGUCGUGUCCUCUUCUCUCGGCGUUUCGACUUUUCCACGAAUCCGUCCUUCGACGUGGCGCGAACAUUAACGACCGCCCUGUUUAGUCAACUUGCCGUCACACCGAGGCCGCUGUCGGGCAUCGACAGCAUUGCUGCACGCAGCGCCAGCAGCCUCGGCUGCCCCAUGCGUCUUGCGCAAGGUCCACGGAGUUUGGCACGCACGCAAAGCGCACGCACACGCCGCGUUCCUUGCACGGGCCGUGCUUUUCUUUUGAGCGAGGGGCGGCGCACUUGCUGGUGCGUCACCAAGCAGCGGCGGGCGUACUUUCCCCAACGCCUCACCUGCAUCGCUGUAAAGCCCACCCGACGCUGUCCCGCCGCGAGCGCCGGCCAAUAAUAAGGCUCGAGGACGACCCGCCUCGCUUCUUCCCUUUCGCUACCACCUCCCACUUCUGGAACGCUGCCCCGCGUCGACGCUCGGCUUGGCUUGGCCCCGAGUGUGGCGGCUACAAAGUGGAUAUUGUGCGACCCCCCUCCCCCACUUCUCUCAUCACCAAAACGCUUUCCCGCUGCUCCCUCGCUCCUCGUAAGGGGCUGCAGGGUGCGCGCUUUAUUGGUCCGCGCUUAUUGGAGGAAGGCGCAAUUUGAAUUCGCGAAUAACUCCUCCUGCGAGUCAAAAACUUCCAUUUUGUAUCUGUGUGGCUGUCAGGUGGUAAGACCCCGUGUCCUCCGCUUCUCUGAGUAGUUUCUUUUUGUGUUCGCACUUCUGACCUUCACCCUCUCGGAGUUUGUCUGGCCAUGCGAGGAGGGGCUCACUCGAACCAAAUCGGCGGAGAGGGUUCUUCUAAGAGUUUAUUCUUUUCUUUGCCUAGCUGCCUCCUAGUAUUGCGCCAAAGGACUCCCCUUUUUGCGUGUUUGGGCAUGGAGUAGAACGUCAGGCCUUUCUCUUGCCACUCUCACUCGGCACCUCUCCUUCUUGCCUCCUCAGAGCUGUCUUCUCUCGAACAACUCUGUAGCGAAAUUAGCUGCCGGCAACUACGUCGAAAAAAAAGCGCGCCUCCGGUUCAAAUCAGUUGGCUUUCCAUGGCGUGUGCGGUGUGGACCACGUGCGUCGAAGCAGUGCUUGCCUGUGAAGAGGCCCAUCGCUGUGGAUACUCGUAUUCAGCGCAACAUGUGCCUCUGAUAUCAACGUGCACCCGGUAAAAUAUUGUUUCUUCUUAUCGCUGUAAUCCGGAGAGUCAGUGCGAUUUCAGCUUUCUAAACACCGUGCUCACUAGGCACUACCAUCUCACUGAUUUAUUGCGCCAACUUUGUCCUCGAAUUGGCGCUUGGCUUUGCCAGCGUUUUUUUUUUUUGUUUCCUUGAGAACUAUUGUGCUCGUUUGUUCUCUACAGUCACUGCAAUUAGGGUUGCCUUCAUUGUACGCUGGAUUCGGUCAUCGCAUUAACAGAAACGUUAAUAAGGAACAACAGCUCAAGAGUGUGGAAAUCGAUAACUCGAGAUAAUUCAACAUUUGAGAAUGGUUGCGAAAGAGCGCGAUAGUGGGAAACAUUUCUGACGAACGCAGUGCACUUCGAACUCCGCCACUUGCUGAUUAUUUUCGAAAAAGUGUAUUUUCGCCGAAGCUUUCUGCAUAGCUCGUAAAUGAACAUCACGAACUUGAAGCAGUUGAGACUCGCAUGUGUGGUAACGUGUACAUUGUGACGUUACCACAUGGUCACCGUGCCAAGAUAAAAUGAAAGCAACAGUUAUUCGUGCAUGUUCGUUGCAUCACCAGAAGUUCAUAAUCGGUAACAAAGAGUCACCAAUAAACUGCGGACUCUGUCGUAGUCGGCUCACGUUUUCCGCACCUUUCUCGCAAGAUUGUUCGGAACGUUUUACAACGUUAACGUUCCUCUUGCAUGAAUGAACGGUUAAACAACCUUUUUUCGUCUACUUAACUGUAAGAGUUUUGCAUUCAGUGAAUGUGUGGAUUUUGAUUCAUGUACGCACUCUUGCGAAAUGUGCGAGAGAAAGAAGCGAAGCGUCCUUUACAGUGUAGUAUUCUAUUAUAUGGGAGUUCGCUUUAAUUUAUCGUUACGUUAAACGACGGAACGAUUAUUAACACUGCUUGAGCCGCCACUGAAUUUUAUUUGCAAGGCAGUGAUUCCUUGGAAUGGUGGGGAAAUAUGCCAUUCAUGGAAUCGUACGAAUGAACGCAUUACAUGCCCGUGCGCAAUCAUAUUUCAAUUUGCUGUAUUCGCCGCUCUCUGCUUCAAAUAUAGACAUUUUUCAAACUUACAGAAAUAAUAGCAGCAACAUCGAUAUCGACAACAAUAGCUAGUAUCCUGUAAAAAAUUACGGAGAAGCUCUAUCAUAAAUUUCUUUUAGAAGUACCUAUAGCUGCCAUAAUAUACAUAUUUGACACGAUAACAGUGCAUGAGUACAUGCACUCAUAGCCAGGGUGCUGGAUGUUGAGGGAAUAGUGCGAAUUGAAUUCACUGUUUCUCGUGCUAAACAAACAAACCAAAAUUUCUUGAGGGUAUCCCCGCACGUGGUCUUGUUGCACAGUUUAUUUAGUAUUUCUAGACAGCAUUUAGGGAAGCCUUGCCGUUUCUAGAUUGCCUUGUAUCGUGGUCGGCAACACGAAGCAGCGUCUUCUAUAAGCCCCCAAAAUGACCAACUGAAACUAAAGGAGCUUUUUGUUACGUUUAGCUUUAAUAAAACGAUCAACUUCCAGUGGUUGUUCUAAUUAUUUAGAAAACCUCUAGCAAGAGGCGUGCUCUGAAGAUGGCGCUUAUAAAAUAGAGGGAUAAAUUUAGUCUGCACUAGAGCUUGUGGUUGAAAAACAGUCUUACAGGACAGUCUUACUGACUUCUGCACUUAGUGAUCUUAGAAAAUGGUCCCACUGCCAGGUAAUAUAUUCCUAUAAAUAAAGUGGAAUAUUGUGGAAUACUUGUUCAAUACGAGCCUUAUCUGUUCGGUAAUGUCAUGAAGCGGACGAGCGAAAAAAAAAAUGAAGUCGGCAGUAUAGCUUAGUAUUUAAUACAUUUCAUUAAGCACGCAAUUUCACCUUACAUUACAACCCCAUCCUGAGCAGUAAAAAUAAACCUGCUCCUCUUCCGUUCUUUUCAGUUGAAGACUCUAAGAACACGGUACGGUAGGAAAAACACUGCAACAAAGGGGUCACCGAAGGAAGCAAGAAUGUAAUAGCGCUUACCGUAUGUCGUACGGGAGAACGACCCCAAACUAAGCGCGUGGACCCACUGUUCGUGAAAAGCACUCAAGUGGAUCGAGCAAAACGGCACCGCGAGAGACGCCGCUCGCCAUGCAGGAGGCAAACUUCGUGAGCACCAUACCCACACCUCCGUACGAACACGGCGCCCACUCCGGAGGGCACAACUGGCCCGACUUCCGGUUGCCUCCCGUGACGAUGGCGCCGACCCUUGGGAAGCAGCCCAUGUUCGACGUCGACGUCUUCGAGUCCUUUUUUAAGCCACUUUACUUUGCGGAGGACCUCAAGCUGACUUCGCAGACCGACCUCUUGGCUGAGCCGCAGACGACUUCGGUCGAACAGCCGCAGCGAGAGGUGCAGCAACGCAGCGCCACGACAGCCUCUUCGCCAGGAAUUGUCGGUGGCUCGGCGGAAUGGCUCCAGCUCCGGACAGCGCGCGAUGUGCCGCUUCAGCAGCCCGUCGAAGAGAUGACGAACUUGGUGCCAGGAGUGGGUGGGAAAGCCCGCCAGGAUUCGUCGCCGCACAUGUACGACGACGGCUCCCUCGAGAACGCUGCGUCGCGCUGCUGCGGGUUCGAGACACCAGAAGAGAGGCGAACAUCGCCGGAGAGCUUGGCCUGCUCGCCAGGAGAGCACGACGAGUGGGCAAUCGAAGACGUCGCCGUCUCUGUGAAGAGCUGGCCUUCCGCGUCACCGGCCGACGCGGCGGCGGCUGAUUCAGCUGCCGGACGUGAAUCAGCCGAGCGGCGCCGCCGGAACUCGGGGAGCCGGAGUGGCGUUUUCGAAGACGCCGCCAACCAAGCGGCGCCGGUCGCCGCCGCCGUCAGCGUCAACGGAACGUCAGUGUCUCCUGACGCUGCCGUGCCCGAUGUUUCGACGGCGUCGACGGUGAGCUUCUCGGAGACAGUGACCCCUGACCGGGAAGAGAGUGCCGAAUCCGAGACGGAGAAAGCGGAAGUGUGGCUGCCCACAGACCCUACCCAAUGGGACGGCAACGACAUCUGCGUAUGGCUACGCUUUAUGAGCGACAACCUCGGGCUGCCGGCGCUGGACGCCGCCAAGUUCCCGGACAACGGUGCAGCACUGUGCGCGCUUACACCGGAGCAGUUCCUCGAGAGGACGGACGCUCGCUCGGCCAAAAUACUCAACGACUUCUUGGUUUUAAGAAAGAGGGGUUUCAGCGCUCAAUCGCUCACUGCCUCGAGCAAAGCCGACGCACAAUCCCCCCAGAGGUCUUCGACACCUGACUCUUUUCAAAUGUUUCGGGCUGCCAGCGCACGGUUCUCGUCACAAGGCAGCGGCCAGAUCCAGCUGUGGCAAUUCCUGCUCGAGCUCCUCUCGGACAGCAACAACGCCAACUGCAUCACCUGGGAGGGUAGUAACGGCGAGUUCAAGCUCAUCGACCCGGAUGAAGUGGCCCGGCGCUGGGGCGAGCGCAAGAGCAAGCCUAACAUGAACUACGACAAGCUGAGCCGUGCGCUACGCUACUACUACGACAAGAACAUCAUGACCAAGGUGCACGGCAAGCGCUACGCCUACAAGUUCGACUUCCACGGCCUGACGCAGGCGCAGCAGCCGCCUACGCCCGAGUCGUCAGCCGCGUAUCGCCUACAGACCGAGCUGUUACUACCUCACUACCGGAGUAACUACAUCGGGGCCCACCAGCCGCCGCCGAUGGGGCUGGCUCCAUCAGCCGCGGCUGCAGCCGCCGCUGUGCGUAGUCCCUACUGGACGCCGAGCGCCACGGGAGCCUGCAACCUGUACCCCAACCUGUCGGGACACUCACUCACGCACGCUGGACACAGAGCCAACGGCCUGAGUCACUAUUACACAUGACUCUGGUGCGGAUACCGUAGCGGCGACCACCAUGGUGUCGCACCACCAUUGAGACUGGCCCAUUAGUCGUGAACUGCGAAUUGUGAGAGACUAUAGGCACGGAAGGAUCGAACACAUUGGACGCUGUAGAAUCGGCGCAGAAUGGUGAUCCUGUGUUCUAGUUUCUUUCGGUGCACAUGGGUGAUUUUUUUGCAGACGUGUUUUUAUGGGCGCAGCGUUGGACCUCCGAAUGCUGCUUGAUUUUGUGCUUUGCAGCAAGCCCGCGACAAGCGUACUGAGAAGUGUGAGUAGAAUGUUGUGUGAGGGCAAGCGACACUCGCGGUAAUGUGGUGGGUUUGUUGUCUUCUGCAGGCAAAAACAACCCAAGUUGUGAUCUGUCGCUAGAGUUGUUUUUUGUUGAUACGCACAGUGGACAAAGUACAAGUACCGGAAUGUCUAUGCGUGUGCAAGAGUUCCGCAUGCCUGCAGUCGCUGCGAAAAUCAUGACUAAACUGUCGACCUGCACAGUGAUUAAAGGGAUAUGCUAAGUUGAAGGGUCGAUUUUUGAACAGUUUAAUCGAUUUUAAUAAAGAACUUGUGGAAUGAUUUAUCUUUUUGUCAUUAGAGUAUAUUUUAAAUUUCACCACCCUCACGCAAAUAUACAAAAUAUGGCCUAUAUUGAGCACUUGACUGAUAGCUUAUAAAACUAUCAUUUCAAAAAUAAGAGGUAUAAUUACCAUCUUUCAAUACAUGAAUGAUAAAAACAGUCACUUGCAUCUUUUUAUAUUAUUUUUGUCGAGGAUUUGAUUACUUAGCAUUCAAGUUUGUUUUCUGUGUUGUCACCAUAUGUAAAACACCUGACAUUUAUAUUGUAAAAGAAAUUUAGAAUCUGGAAACUGCAUUAUCGUCUUCCUUACCAAAUUUCUCUUUAUAGACCACUAUGAAACCAGGCUUUUCCAAAGCAGUUUCGAAAGGACAGUUUUCCUAGAGGUCUUAUUUUAGUAAGAAAGUGCCAACUGAGAAAAGUCAAAGCAAUGAUUGCAGCAAACGCUACUUUACCUUAUGGUGAACAGUGAGUAAAGAGAGGCUUAUUCUGCACAAGUUAUGCCUUUUUCAACACGACGCUGUUACCGGCGAUCGCUUUAGGCCGCCUAUUCUUUUUAAAUUUAUAAUUGUCAAGCGCCCUUGUGUGUGCUCAUGAAAUGCUACUUUAGUUGGUUGCUGGACCUGCUUCCUUGUAUGGAUUCCACAAUUAAGCUCCAGCUUUUCGGGCACUCUUGAUAUGGCGCAUGCAGCCUCAUUGAUCUCUAGAACUGCCAAUUAAGGGUGCUGCAGUUUGUGUUGUUCUCAGGGGUGCGAAAUCAAUAUUCGGCCACCUCUUUCACGGUAAGGCAUUGACUGAUUCAUUUGCAUUCUGCAUCUAACUCCUCUAACAUCGUUCAAGGAGCCCUUGUUUACUAUAAGCACAAACAAGGAGGAGACAGGGAAAUGAGCAUGCAGGGACAAUAUAGUUAUCUGGCAAUUACUCUACUAAAGGUUAGACGCCGGGUUCAUGGCACUGUCAGCUUGCCGGCAUUCCAGAGUCGCCGGGCCGGAAAAUGUGCCGUUUUUGUUGUUUUUCCGAUAAACAGAGUUGUAGCUUCGGUUUCCACUCAAUCCCGACUAGCCACAACCGAAACUAUCACGUUUUUCUGGCUCUAUUCCUGCACGUUAUGCUACAGCUUCGACACGUCCCUUGUGGCUAAAAAGCGCGAAGAACUUUCUUUCGAAAGAAGCGCAUUCAUUCUGCGUCCAGUCUCCCUUGAGCUCUGCGGCCCCGUUUUGACAACAGCAUUCACGAGCGACGGCGAGCAAGUGCCAACGUCACGUGAAAAAAAAAAUUUUUUUCUGCAGUGCUGAUGGCAAGCAAACUUGCUGAGAAACUUAAAUUGUGCAGGAUCCAAAAGAAAACAAAGCAUGACAAACGGAAAGCAAUUCUGGCCAUCGCUCUCGGGCAUCCCUUUGUAGCUGUUCUCAUUCAAACUCGUCGCGUUGGCUUAGUGGAUGUGGCGUUGUGCUGCUGAGCUCGAGGUCGCGGGUUCGAUCCCGGCCACGGCGGCCGCAUUUCGAUGGGGGCGAAAUGCGAAAACGCUCGUGUACACUGAUUUAGGUACACGUUCAACAUUCUGCUGUAAUUUUUUUUUCAUCGAAUGUCUACUUUCAGGAAUACGUAGGCUUUAUGAAGCACCGCGGGGUGAUACUUUUUGUUUAUUGUAUUUUGUUCGAUGUGUUUAUGGUCGCAUCUUGUAAAAAGCGUUUUACGUAAGUUGUAAUACUCACCACAGUACAACACAAGGCGAGACUUUUUUGUGUACUCGUGUAGGUCACUGGUCACGCAACAGUUGGUGCAGUCGAUUCCCGUUAAUUCGACCAUUGCAGGACCGCAAGAUUUAAUAGAAUUAUCCGAAAGACUGAAUUAAAAUUAAGAAACCGCGGCAAAAUGACCAAAUUCAGAUAUUCAAGUAUUUUUAUUAUUCGAAGUAGUCUGUAAUACCGUAAAGCAGCUUUACGCCAAGGAUAUACCUGUAGCGUCGCCUGAUGAUUAUUCUCACGUUUUCAAGCCUUAGUAACCACUGCGGCGCAUUAGGGGAUGCCGGUGGGGCUUGAAUUAACCGCGGGGGCAUCCUUUCGCAUUCGCACUACUAGAGUUUUUCUUUCAUAGCUAUGUAGGGUUUCUCGCCGGGGCUUUUCAGUGCGCUCGAAUUAAGCAAAAUAUUGAAACAACUGAGGUCGAAUUAACCGAGAGUCGGCUGUAUUCUGACAAUUUACCUUUUGUGAAAGUAUUUAAGUGCUAAAUGAAUGCCACGCAACUACAUCUGUUUGUGUGGUUGCUGUUGAGAACAAAUUUGUUUCUUUGUACUUUGGUUUUGCUGCGGCAUGACUGGCUUUUCGCAGUGAGUGUUCGUUGUUUCUACAUUAGUGCUCUUCGAUGAGAGUAAUGUAAGGCAGCACAAACUUCCUUCUAUAAUUGUUAAGGAACUUUCCCUUAACAGACAUUGCCUUUCUGAUGGCUGCUUGAAUUUCGACGUUUUGCUUCGGUCUUCUGUUACUAUACAUAUUUUCUUUUAUUGCACCCCAUUUCUUUACAUUCAAUCCUGUUCUACUUGUUUUGACUAAAAGUAAAUUCAUUAUGAAAUAGGUGGCAUCAUACAUUGUUUGGCACCAGUGAAUUUUCCUUUUCGUUCUUUUUUUCAUUUUUAUUUGCAACACUCUUGAUUCAUCACGUUUAUUUGCACACCUCACGGAAGCACAUUGUUACGCUAUACACAAUAAAUGUUUUUUUGGCUGGUCCAAAAAAGAAAAAAAAAACAGCGCCGAGUUUGAGCAUGCACUGAAAGCGAAAGAGAGAAUAAACAUUUUUAUUCGGUGAA